CUCCAAUCAAUGACAAUCCUAGUAGAGAGCAGCGUGAAAGUGGUUGAAGAUGCAAGCUAUGUAUCUCCUCCGCCAGGCUCAGUGCCCACAGCUUCUCUCCCUCUCACCUGUUUUGAUAGAGUUUUCUUUUGUUUUCCGUUCACUUGGAUGCGUUCCCUGUUUUUCUAUGAAUUCAAACACCCCACCUCUCAUUUCAUGCAAACCAUUCUCCCCAACCUCAAAACAUCUUUAUCGCUUACUCUGCAACAUUUCUUUCCAUUUGCGGCCAAUCUCGUGUACCCUCCCCCUCCUCAGGUCCCUUAUAUUUCCUACACACAGGGCGACUCUGUUUCGUUUGUCGUUAAGGUAUCCACUGCAGAUUUUAACCAUCUAGUAGGAGAUCAUGCACGAGACAAUCAAGAAUUGCCAGCUCUUGUCCCCAAAAGGCCAUCUUCAAAUGAGACCAAUGGUUGCAAGCAAGAGCCUGUCAUGGCCAUUCAAGUCACCGUAUUUCCCAAUGUAGGCUUUUCCAUAGGUGUUGGCUUUUCCCAUGUUGUAGCUGACGGAAGGUCGUUUGGUCACUUUAUGAAAUCAUGGGCGUCCAUUCAUAGGUGUGAAGGAGAUUUGGCUUGUCUUGACAAUUAUUUACCCUGUUACAACAGGGAUUUAAUCAACGAUCCUGUAGAACUAGCUUCCCUUUUCACCAAGGGCGCCGAGAGGGCAUUCCAAAGUGCAAUUUCACCCAGCAUUUUGUUUAAUAACUUUAGGGUCACUUACAAAAUCAAAGAUUCACAAGUUGAGUUAUUGAAAGAUCGGGUGAAAACAAAGUGCAUGGAAGUGAAUGGAUCAGAGCCAAUAAGAAUAUCAACAUUUGCAGUAACAUGUGCGUACAUGUGGGUUUGUUUGCUCAAAUUACAACAAAGUGGAACUCAUCAGCAUCUCUCAUCAACCGAUUCUGACGCUCUUUCUUAUUUCCACUUCGCAGCAGAGUGCAGAGACCACCUAAAAUUACCCCAAACAUACUUCGGGAACUGUAUUAUACUACGUUUGGCAUCAGCAAAGAAGAGUGAGGUAUUAGGGGAAAAUGGAAUUCUGGUGGCCGCAACUGCUAUUGGAAGGGAAAUAAUGGAAUUUCAGAAACAACCAUUCAAAGAUGCACAAGAGUCAUUGUUAAAAAUAAUUGAGAUUUUCAAAAUGGGAGAAGAUUUAGUUCGGGUUGGUUCAUCACCAAAAUUUGAAUCGUAUAAGACGGAUUUUAGGUGGGGACGACCUAGAAACAUCGAGAAUCCAAUACUUCCAUCAUUUGGAACUUGUUCUAUGUUUGUUAUUGCAGAGAACAGAGAAGAAGAGGAAGGAGGUGUUGAAUUCGCCUUGGCAUUCGCUUCCCAUGACUUAGAUAUCUUCAAUACUAUUUUUCACCAAGGCCUAUUAAAGCUAGAAUCGAGUAAAUAAAAUGGCCUAUCAAAUAAAAUCUUGUACUUAUGAAUGGAAUGGGUGGUUUAUCACAUUUGUAUUUCCCUUCAUUACUUUUCUCUAAUUAUCUUUCCAUAAUGUAAUUGAUGUAA